AUGGAUAAGUCAAUGGGUAUAGCAGACACCGAAGUAGGGAAUUUUGAUUUGGGGUUGGAUUGUAAACCUAGAAUAGGAAUGGAAUUUGAUUCUGAACCAGCAGCCUAUGAUUUCUACAAUAGAUAUGGAGGAGAAAAGGGGUUUAGUAUUAGAAGGGAGAGUCAUGAGCACAAUCAUCCUUUUGUAGCAAAAGAAUGUUCAUACAUGCUACAUUCGCAGCGAAGUAUACAAGAAUCUCAAGGCAUUGAAAUAGACUUGGUAAAGGAUUUUGGAAUUGAUGUCACGUCUCUGUAUGAGUUGAUGAGUAAGCAAGCAGGUGGAAGAGCUGCUGUUGGUUUUACAAAAGUAGAUGUUAAAAACUAUCUACGAUCAAGGAGACAGAGAAGCUUGAAGUAUGGAGAAGCUGGAUAUAUUAUCAAAUAUUUUGAAGAUUAG